CGGAGGUUCCCGGCAGAGCUGAGCCUGCGAGCCCCGCCUUUCCUGUCUCCCUCUCCAGGCUCCCGCUGAGGAGAAGCGUGCGGCCUGCUGCCCGCCGCGCUGAGGCACGCGCGCCAUGUGAAGAACCCCCUUCCCCUAAGACAAAGGAACAAAUUCCAAUAAGCUUCAUUUGGGCCUUUUGCCAUGUCAUCCCAGUAGGGCCAUACCUGUAGAAUAUACCAAAUGGUUCUCUAAUGAUCUUGUUUCACCAUGACAACCAAUAUGGAGGUGCUGGCUCAGCAGGUAGUGGAGACUCAGCAGGUGGCUGAGGUGCAGACUGUUCAGACUUCACUAUCUGAAUCUCCAGUGAUGACCAGCCCUUCCCAACGUAUCCAGAUAAUUUCCACAGACUCCUCUGUAGCUUCACCACAACGCAUUCAGAUUGUGACAGAUCAGCAAACAGGUCAAAAAAUCCAGAUAGUGACAGCAGUGGACUCGGCUGUGUCUCCAAAGCAACAGUUUAUUUUAGCCAGUCCAGAUGGAACUGGUGCAGGAAAGGUGAUACUGGCAGCGCCUGAGGCAUCCAACGCCAAACAGCUUAUCUUUACCACCACAGACAACAUUGUGCCAGGCAGAAUUCAGAUAGUGACAGACUCUGCUUCAGUGGAACGUUUGCUAGGAAAAGCUGAUGUUCAGCGGCCCCAGGUAGUAGAAUAUUGCGUAGUCUGUGGUGAUAAAGCAUCAGGUCGUCACUAUGGUGCUGUCAGUUGUGAGGGAUGUAAAGGUUUCUUUAAAAGGAGUGUGAGGAAGAAUUUGACCUACAGUUGUCGUAGCAACCAGGACUGUAUCAUCAAUAAACACCAUCGGAAUCGUUGCCAGUUCUGUAGGCUUAAGAAAUGUCUAGAGAUGGGCAUGAAAAUGGAAUCGGUUCAAAGUGAAAGAAAGCCUUUUGAUGUGCAACGUGAAAAACCAACCAACUGUGCAGCUUCCACUGAAAAAAUCUAUAUCAGAAAAGAUCUACGAAGCCCUCUAAUAGCAACUCCAACAUUUGUGGCAGAUAAAGAUGGGACGCGGUCAGCAGGUCUUCUUGAUCCGGGAAUGCUUGUGAAUAUUCAGCAGCCUUUGAUCAGGGAUGAUGGUACAGUCCUCCUAGCUGCUGACUCCAAGGCUGAAACAAGCCAGGGUGCUUUAGGAACACUAGCCAAUGUUGUAACAUCGCUUGCUAAUCUCAGUGAGUCACUAAAUAACGGAGAUACUUCUGAAGUUCAACAAGAAGAGCAAUCUGCAAGUGAGAUUACACGGGCAUUUGAUACUUUGGCUAAAGCACUUAAUACCACAGAUGGUACAGCCGCUCAUAACCUGGCAGAUGGGAUGGAUCCUACAGGAGGAGGGAAUAUUCAUGUAAUCAGUAGAGAUCAGUCAACACCAAUUAUUGAAGUGGAAGGACCCCUGCUUACAGAUACACAUGUCACGUUUAAGCUGACAAUGCCCAGUCCCAUGCCGGAGUACCUUAAUGUACACUACAUCUGUGAGUCAGCGUCACGACUACUUUUCCUCUCUAUGCACUGGGCUAGGUCUAUACCUGCAUUUCAAGCUCUUGGGCAGGACUGUAAUACCAGCCUCGUGCGUGCCUGCUGGAAUGAGCUGUUUACCUUGGGCCUAGCACAGUGUGCACAGGUGAUGAGUCUGUCCACCAUCCUCGCAGCCAUUGUCAACCACCUCCAGAACAGCAUACAGGAAGAUAAACUUUCUGGAGACAGAAUAAAGCAAGUCAUGGAACACAUCUGGAAACUUCAGGAGUUCUGUAACAGCAUGGCCAAGCUUGAUAUUGAUGGAUAUGAAUAUGCAUACCUUAAAGCUAUAGUCCUCUUUAGCCCUGAUCACCCUGGUCUGACCAGUUCAACCCAAAUAGAAAAAUUCCAGGAGAAGGCACAGAUGGAAUUGCAGGACUAUGUACAAAAAACCUAUCCAGAAGAUACUUAUAGGCUAGCCCGGAUUCUAGUUCGCCUGCCAGCACUUAGGCUGAUGAGCUCUAGCAUUACCGAGGAACUGUUUUUUACUGGUCUCAUUGGAAAUGUUCCCAUUGACAGCAUAAUCCCCUACAUUCUCAAAAUGGAAACAGCAGAAUAUAAUGGUCAAAUAACUGGCACAUCUGCAUAGUGGGAACAGCAGCACAAUUUGAUGGAUUGAAGUAAUUUUCGUAAAAACAUACAAUUACGAAGUUAGAAGAAUAGCAUUUUGCCUCCUGAGAGACCUUUUUGUAAAGUUUUAUUUUGCAGCAAAACUUGGUAAGAGAUUGAUUUUACUUUUUUUUUUUUUUUUAAGCCUUCAGCAGGGGUUAAUUGGAAGCAAAACAAUUUGCCCUUUAUCAUUGAACUGCAGCAUACAGAACAGGAUGCAAUGGAUGCUGUUCCAAUAAUCAAUACUUAUAUUGCCACAAUGAUAACAUGAAAACAAACUGUUAGUUAAACGAAGACUGUGUGUCCUCUGUUCAGUGAAACACUUCUGUUACAGUAGUAAUUAAACAAGAGGGAGGCUGCAGUUAGUUUCUUUCUUGGCAAGCAUCAAGACUGAUUUAUGAUUUUCAUGAUGCAUUUCAAUUGUAUGUUCUCUUUCCAAAGUUAAUCUCUUCAUUGUCUAGCUUAAACUAAACAGAGAUGGCUGGUUCAUUGGGGUUGUCAGACUAAGGUCCAUUGUCACGUCUGUCCCUUCCCGAGACUGUAACCUGUGCAGAUCUUGCACCCUGCGUGUGAAGUGCCCUGGGUUCACAUAGGAGCUGGGCACGUGGAUGGAGCAUUGAUGAAACCAGGCUUGCAGUAAGACAAUUCAUUACUCGUAGGGAGUAUUCAGACAUUUCAAUUAAUCAAAAUAGAAGUAGUUGUUCCUUUUCCCUUCUGAUGAUUCAAGUUACAAAGGAAGCCUUCUGUAAAGUAUUUCUAUGACCUUUUAUUUUUUUAAAAAGCAUUUCACAGACUUUGUAGGGGAGUAGUUCAGCAAGUCUUGUUUCUGUCAUGCUAAAAAGGUAAAGUGGUAUUUUCUAGGCAUUUAUUUCCAUCUUCUGUACUUCAAGCAGAUGAGCAGACACCACUUAAAAUAAUGUAAGCUUCUUGCAGGCUUAAAGUAAACCAUGAGUGUCUUUCAGUCAGGCUCUCUGCUUGUGAAGUCUUUGCUAUGGAAAAUGCUAAGAAUGUUCUGUAUUUCUUGCUGUACUGUUUAGUAAGUGUUUGUAAGCUUUUGUUUCAAACGUAGACAAAAAUUGUAAAACAUCCAUUUUAACAUUUCAAACCUUAUUUUUGAGAUUUUUAGUAGGAAAAUUAUUUAAAUUAAUAUCAGGAAUUCCUGUGACAGGUGGUCCUUCAUUGGUGUCUUGACAAUCAGUGCUGUUUGAAUAAUGUUUGCUUUCUUCUUUCAAGGCUGAAUGGAAACCGGAAUGUCUAUUAAUGUCACUGUACUGCAGUAAUGUUUUUAAAGAUUAGAAAGCCAAUUGGAGUAUUGAUCAAGACUGAAUCUGUUUACAUGAAUUUAGAAAAAAGAGCAUAUUUUAAAAUUGUGACUUUGUUUCAUACACACUUUUGAAUUGUUUGUAUUCUGAAGGACAAAAUGCGCUCAAAUUUAAGUGACAAUAAAGUCUCUGUUGUAACAGUCUGUGGAAACUGGAAUGUGAGAUCAGCUUUCUGUAUUUGAUCACAGAAGUCAAAAAGUCUGAGAAGCACAUCUACUGCCAGGUAUCUAACAGCCCUGAAUAACUAGCUUCUAUUACAUUUUUUUAAAUUAUCUUAGAUAAAUUAUAAUAAGGCACAGGUCCAUUUUAAAAUAUUUUCAAUGAUUGUGGGUUAAAAGUGGGGCUGAACGAACUUCAAAUAAAAAUUAUAUGCUUUAAGAGGAAAAACGUGUUACUUACAGAGCCUAUAUGUUAAAUUUCUCACACAUGGAAUCAAUGUUGUGUAGGAAUAUUUUUAAUAAUUAAUCUAUAGUCCAAAAUACAUUGCCAGCCAGUGUUCAAACAAUUUCAUAACUGAAGAACUGCACAUUGUGUAAGUGUUGUAUGUGUUUGGCAUACCAGGGCGUUUGGGGCUCCUACAAAAAUAGCAAAUUUUUAUAAAAGGAAUCAUCUACUUUUCAUUCCUUGGGAUAUUUUCUGGAAGUCUCUGUUCAUUAUAAUUUAGAAAAAUUGUUUAUGUUAUUAUACCUUAAUUUCAAGUUAAAAACCUUGCAGAAGUUGUUAAUUUCUCACAGCUUCUUUUGUGAAAUCAGCGUUGUUAUGUGUGAUAGCAUUUAAAAAUAAUAGCAUGUUCCUUUUUUUAAUCUGAAUUUUAUAUCUAAUCAAUGUCUUCAGUCAUGAAGAGGAAUUUGCAUUGUUGUGUUUGUAUAUAGAGUAUUGCAGUGCAUGAUUUAGCUUAUGCAUUUUAUUAAAUGCUGUUUAAAUGUGGCAUUAUAUUGUUGUGGCUUAAUACUACUACCUAAACGAGGUUUAUACCAUUAAAGUGAAUUACAAAUA